CAUUUGAAGUUGUUGUAUAUCUACGUGUUCUGUGGAUCGGGGUGAGCUAAGAAGCACGGAGUCUGAAGACGUGUUUGCUACAAGUCGCUGUGGUUGGUUCUUCUUUGUGUUCGAGAGUUUUUGAACGCUUCGAUUCUUCCAACCUCCUGAACGUCAUGAAGUUCGGCUUUACCGUCGCCGUAGUCGUCGUUGUUGUUCUGCUGUUGACGCAUGUGGAGUCUAAACGACGGACCAGGAAGAGGAAAAACAGGCCAAAGAAUUAUGUGCUGCCACGUUAUGAGGAGGCUCCAGGCGUCCCUGACUACGUCUCCAACUUCCUCGUCCACGGUGUCGUUGACCACUAUCGCCACCCGCCCAAGGUCAACCACAGAGACGGUGGGGCUAAGGAGGCGGAGAUACAACGCGAGACGUUUGAGAUGAAGCGACGACAGCACGGUGAAAAGGGGAAGAAACGUAGCGUGACGUCACAGCUGCUGUCUCGAGAGAGACGUUUCGUUGAUAGCAAGUCGCCAAUCUGGACCAAUGGAAUUGUGCCAUAUGAAUUUGGCAAUAUUACCACCUCCCAGCAGGCCACGGUUCUCCGAGCCAUCGCCACCAUAGAGGAAUACACCUGCAUCCGCUUCUUCGUGAAAGGUUCCCCCGGAUACAGCGUCCCCCACACUAACUACCUUCUCUUCAUCAAAACAUCGUCUUGCUGGUCGUACAUCGGGAUGCAUCACGACCCACAGUACAUCUCCCCCUGCUACAACUUUUUAACCGUUCUGCACGAGAUCAUCCACGCGCUUGGAGCAUGGCACGAGCAUCAACAUUACGAGCGACACCAGCAUCUGCAGUAUUUACCCAACAACGUCCAGAGCGGUCUGGAGAAUAACUUCAUGCUGCCACCAGAAUCCUGGAAGGACGACUUUGUGAACCUCCCUGUGGAUCUGCAGUCAGUCAUGAUGUACGGAGACUAUGACUUCUCCAAAGACAGAUCCUCGAGGAAGACACUCGACCCGUAUUCCGACGACGUCGCAGAGACCCGUGAAGACUACUGGAUCGUGAUGCACGAACUCACCAUUGCCUAUCAGUGUGCUUCCAGGUGCCCUGGGUCUCCACCAGUCUGCUCCAACGGAGGCUACCCCGGCAUCUACAACAGCUCAUGCACCUGCAUCUGUCCUAAACUCCUCGACCCUGCAACAUCGUGCACUACACUUCAGCCAGGAGUGCAGGGUGGUGUGUACUCGCUGACGCCCUCCAACCCGGAAGUGCAGUUCUCUACCCCGGGUGCCCCCGUCACGGGUGUUCCAGCCAACUCAAAGUACAUGUGGAUCUUCUGGGCGCCCAAGGAUGGCUCCAAGAUCGUGGUGGACAUAGAGAAUGUAUUGGUAGCAGGCAGUAGCUCAUCCUGCGUCUCCACGCUCCACAUCUCCAGGGAUCUGAUCGGCCAAUCAGGCAACGAGUACUGCGGCUCUGGGUAUGGUCAAUCUAUUAUUUCCCUGGGCAAUGUAGUGGCCAUCGAGCUGGACGCCGGCACCGCCUCCAACAGCUACAUCAAGGGUAACGCAACCCUACAACCAGCUGAUGACUGGUGCUACGACCUCAGUGACAAGGGAGAGACCUACAACGACAACGUCAACGUGGCAGUCACCAACGCCGCCUGCCUGCCCUGGUCCCAGGCGUCCAGCUGCGAAUAUUACCCAGCUGAGAUGACCCUCAUGGCCGACUACAGCGGCAACAACUGCAGGAACCCCGAGGGGGUGCUCCCCCAGCCUUGGUGCUACACCUACAUCGGCGAAUUCAGCUGUGAGAUCACCUUGUGUGAUGUGUGUCAGUUCGGCAGGACCUACGACAGCUACGACAACUGCGACGAACUCAUCGACAACAACGCGGACUACUGCAGCACACCUACAUCACAGUUCAGUUGUCGAAAAACAUGCGAAGAGCAGGCAACUCCAACGACAACAGCGUCUACCACUACUACACCAACAACUACUUCGUCCACCACUACUACACCAACAACGACUUCGUCUACCACUACUACACCAACAACGACGUCGUCUACCACUACUACACCAACAACGACUUCGUCUACCACUACUACACCAACAACGACUUCGUCUACCACUACUACACCAACAACUACUUCGUCCACCACAACUACACCAACGACGACUUCGUCCACCACUACUACACCAACAACUGCUACUUCUACCACUACUACACCAACAACUACUUCGUCCACCACAACUACACCAACGACGACUUGGUCCACCACUACUACACCAACAACAACUACAACAACAGCAACAACUACAAAGGUGACAACAACGACCUCACCACCUACGAUGAGGGUGUGUCCGUCUGGCUACACUCAAUACGCCGGGGAUGGUCAGUGCUAUAAAUUCUUCACCUCUAAAAGGAAUUACGGCCAGGCCAAGAGAACGUGCUCCCGGGACGGGGGCGAAAUAACGUCUGUUGAGUCGGCCGCCGUCAACUUGUUCCUAGUCCAACUCAGAGCUGCCGCAGGAUUUUCCUCUUCUCCGAUGUUUAUCAACGCCAAGUGGAACAGGAAGGAUCAGUACUGGUUCUGGGUGCCCCUGGGGAGGAAGCUCAAGGUCGCCAGCUUCUACACCAACUGGGACUCCAAUAACCCCGACGGCCCCGACGGUGGCGCUGCUGCGAAGAUCAAGUGUGUGUUGAUGGAGUCAGCGUCUGAGGGGAGUCAGUGGAUCCCCAGAAGGUGUAACAAAAACUACUUCAUCUGCAGGACCAACACCGUCUCCGGAACCCCUGAUUCCAAGUGCUGUGACUUCCGGUCCGAAUGUCAGACGUUCCUGCACGAUGAUCCCGCAAUGUGCAAGAAGAAGCUAGCCAAGAGCUGCCCGGCAACCUGCGGCCAAUGCAACCCUAACGAUAUCACGUGCACGGUGCCCACACCUGCCGCUGCUGACCGCGUGGCUGUGAAGGGGUCCCAGUCUCAGCUGACUCCCGGUCAGUUCGUGAGGUACAGGUGUAGGAGGCGGUAUGUCCUCAAGUCCGGGGCGCUGAGGCGGGCGUGCACACUGACGGGGGCGCUGACGGAUGACGCUCCAGUCUGCACAGACAUAUCCAACACCGUGUCGAGCGUGAACGGCCGUAAACUGGAGCCUAUGCUGAACUUCCCGAGCGACUUCCAGCUGUACGGCAAGCCCGUCAUCAAGCGCCACGGUCGGGUGUCGCAGUGGAAGGCGUUCUGUGCCACGAAGGGGGAGGUCGUCUUCAUGGUGCUGAGGAACGAGAAGAGGAACAGGUCAAAGAUCGUCGGCGUCAACAAGGUGAAGUGCAUGAACGACCGCGUGAUGACGUGGGAUGUGGACGAGAGGGAGCGUAUCACGGUGCAGCCUGGGGAUUUCCUGGGAGCGGGGGACCAGGAAGGGGGACAUCUCCAAUACAGCUGGUGUGACGGGGGAAGGAAGAUGACGUAUAGCACGUACACGGAAUCCGAGCUCCGACCAGGGUUAACAGUGGUUACGGAGGGCAGAGAAUGUCUCGUUAUUGAAAUGGAUGCUGUCAUCGUUCCUCUGUAAAUAGGGGCAGCCAUUUUGUUACUGUGUAUCACACGUGAACGGAAAUAAAAAUGGACUGUCACAAA